GGCACGUCCCGGCUUCCCAACAUGGCGGCGCCCAGCGGCGCGGGCUGCACGUGAGGAAGCGCAGUCGAGCCGGCGUCGGAGAGUAGCGCGUGUGCGCCGCUUUCUCCCGCGUGGAGCCCGCGGAUCCCCUCCCUGCCUCCCCGAGGCCCUCGCGGGCCGCCGCCCCUCGGCAAACCAUGAAGACCAAGCCGCUUUCCCACAAGACGGAGAACACCUACCGGUUUCUUACAUUUGCUGAAAGACUGGGCAAUGUGAACAUCGAUAUUAUUCACCGUAUCGAUAGAACUGCAAGCUAUGAUGAGGAGGUUGAAACCUACUUCUUCGAGGCUCUGCUGAAGUGGAGAGAACUGAACCUUACAGAGCACUUCGGGAAAUUUUACAAAGAAGUCAUUGACAAAUGCCAAUCUUUUAACCAGUUGGUCUAUCAUCAAAACGAAAUAGUUCAGAGCCUGAAGACUCACCUGCAAAUUAGGAACAGUUUUGCCUACCAACCUCUUUUGGAUUUAGUAGUGCAGUUGGCACGAGACCUGCAGACUGAUUUCUAUCCACACUUUGAAGACUUCUUCCUGACAGUCACCUCCAUCCUGGAGACUCAGGACACAGAGCUGUUAGAAUGGGCUUUCACCUCGCUGUCGUAUCUUUACAAGUACCUGUGGAGACUGAUGGUGAAGGACAUGGCCAGGAUCUACAGCUUGUACAGCACCCUCCUGGCUCACAAAAAACUACACAUAAGAAAUUUUGCUGCCGAAAGUUUUACCUUUUUGAUGAGAAAGGUCUCUGAUAAAAAUGCACUUUUCAAUUUAAUGUUUCUUGAUCUUAAUGAACAUCCAGAAAAAGUGGAAGGAGUUGGACAGUUGCUCUUUGAAAUGUGCAAAGGGGUCAGAAAUAUGUUUCAUUCCUGUGCAGGCCAGGCACUGAAGCUCAUUUUGCAAAAACUGGGACCUGUUACUGAAACAGAAACUCAACUACCAUGGACUUUAGUUGGGGAAACCCUGAAAAACAUGGCCAAAUCCACUGCCGGCUAUAUCUAUAAAGAACAUUUUGGUGUAUUUUUUGACUGUUUGCAAGAAUCACUCCUGGAGCUACACAGCAAAGGGACGGAAACAAACUGCCGUGAAAACUCUGAACAGAUCAGUCGGCUGCUGGAAACAUUGCUGAUCCUCGUCAAACACGGCAGUGGGUCAAAAAUAACAAAGCCUGCUGACGUCUGUAGGGUAUUGUCUGAAGCAUUACAGACAGCCAGUCUUUCCACAUCUUGCCGGAAGACCCUCUUGGAUGUGGUUUCUGCUUUGCUCCUAGCUGAAAAUGUUUCCUUGCCAGAGACCCUCAUCAAAGAAACCAUAGACAAAAUAUUUGAAAGCAAAUUUGAGAGACGUUUGAUUUUGGAUUUUUCUGAAGUCAUGUUUCCUAUGAAGCAGUUUGAACAGCUGUUUCUACCAAGCUUUCUCUGGUACAUUGAGAAUUGCUUUUUGAUGGGCGACUCUGUGGUCUGCGAUGAAGCACUGGCCAUUUUAACCAAGCUCAUUCUGAAAAAAGCUCCUCCGCCCACUGCUGGCUCUAUGGCCAUUGAAAAAUACCCUCUGGUUUUCUCACAACAGACUGUGGGAUCCUACUUAAAGCAGAGGAAGACUGACCCUAAGAGAAGAAAGGAACAGUUUCCCAUCCUAGACCAUCUCCUGUCCAUAGUUCAGUUACCCCCAAAUAGUGAUACCACUUACCUUUCACGGUCUUGGGCAGCCCUUGUGGUAUUACCUCAUAUCAGACCUCUUGAGAAGGAGAAGGUGCUGGCUCUCGUGUCAUGCUUCAUCGAGUCCCUCUUCAUGGCUGGUGACAAGGGGAGCUUUGGGAAAGGAAACUUAUUUGUUCUCUGUCAAGCUGUAAGUACCCUGCUAAGUUUGGAAGAGUCUUCUGAACUUCUUCAUCUGGUUCCUGUGGAGCGGGUGAAGAAUUUAGUACUAACAUUUCCGACGGAGCCAUCUGUGUUGCUGUUGGCUGAUCUCUAUUAUCAGAGGCUGGCCUUAUGUGGAUGCAAAGGGCCGCUUUCUGAGAAAGCUUUAAUGGAGUUAUUUCCCAAGUUACAGACAAACAUUUCAACUGGUGUCUCCAAGAUUCGGCUCUUGACAAUAAGAAUCCUAAAUCAUUUUGACAUCCGGCUUCCAGCAUCAGUGGAGGGUGACGGGCUCUCGGAGCGGCAGUCGGCCUUUGCUGUCCUACGCCAGGCUGAGCUGGUGCCGGCCACUGUGAGUGACUACAGAGAGAAGCUGCUCCACCUGAGAAAGCUGAGGCACGAUGUGGUGCAGGAUGCAACCCCCCCGGGACCGCUCCAGGAGGUGCCGCUCCGUUACCUGUUGGGCAUGCUGUAUGUCAACUUCAGCGCCCUCUGGGACCCUGUGAUUGAGCUCAUAAGUUCUCAUGCCCAUGGAAUGGAAAACAAGCAAUUCUGGAAUGUCUGCUAUGAGCAUCUAGAGAAAGCAGCUGCACAUGCUGAGAAAGAACUGCAGAAGGACAGGAGAGACGAGCAGCCCACUGCGGGUGGAGGCUGGGAGCAAAGCCAAGAGGGAGACGUGGGCGCACUUUACCAGCAGCAGUUAGCAUCGAAAACCGACUGUCGGGAACGACUGGACCACACCAACUUCCGAUUCUUGCUCUGGCGAGCUUUGGCCAAGUUUCCAGAGAGAGUAGAGCCCAGGUCCCGGGAACUCUCUCCACUGUUCUUGAGGUUCAUCAACAAUGAGUAUUAUCCAGCUGAUCUGCAAGUUGCUCCAACCCAGGAUCUACGCAGAAAAGGCAGAGGAGCAGAGGCUGAGGAAGUGGAAGAGGAGCCUGCUGUGGAGGAAGAUGAAGAGUUGGAGGAAGAGGCAGUGCCCGCAGAUGAAGCCCCCCAGAAGAAGAAGACAAGAAGGGCCGCAGCCAAGCAGUUAAUUGCUCAUUUGCAAGUCUUCUCUAAGUUUUCAAACCCACGGGCCUUGUAUCUAGAAUCCAAAUUAUAUGAACUAUAUCUUCAGUUACUGCUACACCAAGAUCAAACAGUGCAAAAAAUAGCCUUGGAUUGCAUAAUGACCUACAAACACCCUCAUAUCCUCCCUUACAGGGAGAACUUACAGAGGCUGCUGGAGGAUAGGAGCUUUAAAGAAGAGAUCGUGCAUUUCAGCAUUUCAGAAGACAGCACCAUAGUGAAAACUGCACACCGGGCAGAUCUGUUUCCAAUUCUGAUGAGAAUUUUGUAUGGGCGGAUGAAGAAUAAGACAGGGAGUAAAACCCAGGGGAAAUCCGCUUCCGGCACCCGCAUGGCCAUUGUCCUGCGGUUCCUCGCUGGGACCGAACCUGGAGAGAUCCACUUGUUCUUAGACCUGCUGUCUGAACCUGUGAAGCACUUCAAAAACGGGGAGUGCCAUUCUGCAGUCAUUCGGGCAGUAGAGGACUUGGAUUUGUCUAAGGUUCUUCCCGUGGGUCGUCAGCAUGGCAUCUUAAAUAGCAUGGAGGUCGUGUUGAAGAACAUCAGUCAUCUGAUCAGCGAGUACCUUCCAAAGAUUCUGCAGAUCUUGCUGUGUAUGACAGCGACCGUCUCACACAUCCUCGAGCAGCGAGAGAAGAUACAGCUACGGUUUAUUAACCCACUGAAAAAUUUAAGACGUCUGGGAAUCAAAAUGGUCAGCGAUAUCUUUUUGGAUUGGGAAUCCUAUCAGUUCAGAGCAGAAGAAAUCGAUGCUGUGUUUCAUGGUGCAGUCUGGCCCCAGAUCUGCAGGCUUGGAUCUGAGAGUCAAUAUUCGCCUACUCCUCUACUGAAGCUAAUUAGUAUCUGGAGCAGAAAUGCAAGAUAUUUCCCUCUUCUGGCUAAACAGAAACCUGGACAACCAGAAUGUGAUAUCCUGACCAAUGUCUUUGCUGUUCUCUCUGCAAAGAAUCUGUCCGAUGCCACAGCCAGCAUUAUAAUGGACAUAGUCGAUGACCUUCUCAGCCUUCCAGAUUUUGAGCCCACAGAAACAGUGCCGAGCUUGCCGGUUCCUGGCUGUGUGUACGCCGAGGUGGCAGACAACGCAGAGCCUGUCACUGUGGGAGGGAGACUGAUUGUGCCUCAUGUGCCUGCGAUUCUUGAGUAUCUCAGCAAAAGCACAAUAAGUGCAGAGAAGGUGAAAAAGAAGAAGAACAGGGCACAAGUCAGUAAGGAGCUCGGCAUCCUUUCCAAGAUAAGCAAGUUUAUGAAGGACAAAGAGCAGAGUUCUCUCCUCAUUACACUUCUCCUUCCCUUCCUCCUCCGGGGCAGUGUUGCUCAGGAUACAGAGCUUGAUAUCCUGGUGACAGUACAGAACUUGUUACAGCAUUGUCUGGACCCCACCAGCUUCCUCAAACCUCUGGCUAAGCUCUUCUCAGUUAUUAAGAACAAGUUGUCAAGACAGUUGCUGUGUACCGUUUUCCAGAGUCUGUCUGAUUUUGAAAGUGGACUAAAAUAUAUUACAGACGUUGUAAAGCUUAAUGCCUUUGAUAAAAGGCAUCUCGAUGACAUCAACUUUGACGUCCGCUUCUCAGCAUUCCAGACCAUCACCUCUACCAUAAAGGAGAUGCAGACGGUGGAUGCUGACUACCUGGUCCCUGUGAUGCAUAACUGCUUCUAUAACAUGGAGUUAGGAGACAUGUCUUUAAGUGACAAUGCCUGCAUGUGCUUGACAAGUAUCAUCAAAAGGCUAGCUGCUUUGAACGUCACAGAGAAAGACUAUAAGGAGAUCAUUCACCGCACUCUCCUGGAGAGACUGAGGAAAGGACUGAAGAGCCAGACAGAGAGUGUUCAACAUGAUUAUACUCUGAUCCUUUCCUGUUUGAUUCAAACUUUUCCCAAUCAACUGGAAUUUAAGGACUUGGUGCAGCUCACUCAUUACACUGACCCGGAAAUGGACUUCUUUGAGAACAUGAAGCACAUUCAGAUCCACAGACGAGCGAGAGCCCUGAAGAAGCUGGCCAGACAACUCCUGGAAGGGCAGGUUGUACUGUCUUGUAAAUCUCUCCAGAAUUACAUCAUGCCUUAUGCCAUGACUCCAAUUCUUGAUGAGAAACUGCUCAAGCAUGAAAACAUAACCAUUGCUGCCACAGAGGUGAUUGGAGCUAUUUGCAGACACCUGUCUUGGCCAGCCUAUGUGUAUUACUUGAAACAUUUCAUUCACGUCUUGCAGACAGGCCAGAUCAACCAGAAGCUGGGGGUCAGUUUGCUGGUGAUAGUGUUGGAAGCGUUCCAUUUUGACUACAAAACUCUUGAAGAACAAAUGGGAAGUGUUAAGAAUGAAGAAAACACAGUUGAAAUGACUGAGUCACUGGAACAUGAAGCCAUGGAAUUGGAGCCCGUGGAUGAGGGAGAGAAGGAGCAAACGUGUGAGCAUUCGUCAGGUGGCAGGGAGCCGCUGGAGGCCGCCGAGGCAGCGGCAUCUGGUGGGGCAGCAGCUGUGCAGCAGGAGUGCGGCUCCAAGUCCGUCUCUUUCCUUCCUCGGACUCGGGAGGAGUUGGAAAGAACCAUUCAAACCAUCCAGGGAGCCAUCACCGGGGACAUCCUCCCCAGGCUCCACAAGUGCCUGGCGUCUGCGACCAAAAGGGAAGAAGAGCACAAGCUGGUCAAGUCAAAGGUCGUGAAUGAGGAGGAAGUGGUCCGAGUCCCCCUGGCUUUUGCCAUGGUGAAGCUGAUGCGGUCCCUCCCACGGGAGGUGAUGGAGGCAAAUCUGCCCAGUGUUUUGCUGAAGGUGUGUGUCCUCCUCAAGAACAGAGCACAGGAAAUCAGAGACAUUGCACGCAGUACUCUCACCAAAAUAAUCGAAGAUCUGGGUGUGCACUUUCUGCAGUAUGUUCUCAAAGAAUUACAGACGACCCUUGUCCGUGGGUACCAGGUCCACGUGCUCACGUUCACCGUUUACACAUUGCUGCAAGGCCUCAGCAGCAAGCUGCAAGUUGGGGAUUUAGACUCUUGUCUACCAAUAAUGACUGAGAUUUUUAACCAUGAAUUGUUUGGUGCCCUUGCUGAAGAAAAGGAAGUAAAGCAGAUUCUGUCCAAAGUCAUGGAGGCGCGAAGGAGCAAGAGUUACGAUUCUUAUGAAAUCCUGGGCAAGUUUGUUGGAAAAGAUCAGGUUACAAAACUUAUUCUUCCGUUGAAAGAGAUCCUACAAAACACCACCAGUUUAAAACUUGCCCGGAAAGUUCACGAAACCUUACGCCGAAUUAUAGCAGGAUUAAUUGUGAAUCCAGACAUGACUGCAGAAUCUCUUCUACUGCUCAGUUAUGGUUUGGUCAGUGAAAAUCUGCCACUGCUCCGAGAAAAGGAAAAGAAGCCAGCAGCCCCCGCACCUGACGAGCGACUGCCACCCCAGAGCUGCCUUCUGCUCCCCCCAACUCCAGUUCGAGGUGGGCCAAAGGCUGUGGUGAGCAAGAAGACCAACAUGCACAUCUUCAUCGAGUCUGGGCUUCGGCUGCUGCAUCUGAGUCUAAAGACUUCCAAGUUCCAGUCUUCAAAUGAGCAUGUGCUGGAAAUGUUGGACCCUUUUGUGUCGGUGCUCAUAAACUGCCUGGGUGCCAGGGAUGUAAAGGUCAUCACAGGGGCUUUGCAGUGCCUGAUCUGGGUCUUGCGGUUCCCUCUGCCCUCCAUAGAAACGAAAGCAGGGCAGCUGACGAAGCACCUUUUCCUCUUGCUGAAGAACUAUGCAAGACUGGGGGCUGCCCGGGGCCAGAACUUCCACCUGGUAGUGAAUUGUUUCAAGUGUGUGACCAUCGUUGUCAAGAAGGUCAAGUCCUAUAAGAUAACUGAGAAACAACUUCAGGUUCUCCUGGCAUAUGCUGAGGAAGACAUUUAUGAUACCACAAGACAAGCCACUGCAUUUGGUCUUCUCAAGGCUAUUUUAUCAAGGAAAUUAUUGGUCCCAGAAAUUGAUGAUAUCAUGCGGAAAGUAUCCAAGUUGGCAAUUUCUGCACAAAAUGAACCUGCCAGGGUACAGUGCAGACAGGUACGUAGAGGGAGCUUCUUACUGCAGUACAGGCUGGGCCACACCUCUUCUAGGGCAGAAGGUCGGGAAGGCCUUCCUGAGGAUUGCCGUGUAAACCGAAAUCUGAAGAAAAGUAGGCUUAAUCUUCAGGCACACAGAGAGGCUCCCUGGCUGCCUGCACUCACCGCGUCUACCUCAGGGAAUCUGAGAAUGCAUUCUGCUCUUUCAGGUCACGUACACUCUCACCUCAGACAUCCGCACAGCUGGGUGUGGCUCACAGCAGCCCAGAUUUUUGGAUUGCUCUUUGCAUCUUGUCAACCAGAAGAGCUCAUUCAAAAAUGGAAAAGCAAAAAGAAAUCCACGGAGCCUGUAGCAGUCAGGUUCCUAACAAGUGACCUUGACCAAAAGAUGAAGAGCAUCUCUCUGGCCUCAUGCCAUCAGCUGCAUUCCAAAUUCUUAGACGAGUCCCUAGGAGAACAGGUUGUUAAGAACUUACUGUUCAUAGCCAAAGUCUUGUAUUUACUGGAACCCGAUUCUGGGAACAAUCGAGGAGAGUUGAAAGACUUGGAAGAUGCUCUGGCCAGAGAGGCGGCAGGAGACGAGGCUGGUGCAGAUGGGAAGAUGGAAUCUGAGAGAGAAGAGAAGGAAGAACCCAGCAGGCCGGCCACACUGCUGUGGCUGAUCCAGAAGCUGUCCCGGACGGCUAAGCUGGAGGCUGCUUACUCGCCGAGAAACCCCUUAAAGAGGACCUGCAUCUUUAAGUUCCUCGGUGCGGUGGCCGUGGACCUCGGGGUGGACCGAGUGAAGCCCUACCUCCCAGUGAUCAUCGCCCCGCUGUUCCGGGAACUCAACAGCACCUACGCAGAGCAAGAUCCUCUGCUGAAGAAUCUCUCCCAGGAAAUCAUAGAAUUACUCAGAAAGCUGGUUGGACUCGAGAGCUUCUCCCUGGCCUUUGCCUCUGUGCAGAAGCAGGCUAGUGAAAAGAGGGCGCUCCGGAAGAAGAGGAAGGCCCUGGAGUUUGUAACCAAUCCUGAUAUCGCUGCCAAGAAAAAGUUGAAGAAACAUAAAAAUAAAAGUGAAGCAAAGAAAAGAAAGAUAGAGUUCCUGCGCCCGGGCUAUAAGGCCAAGAGACAAAAAUCCCACAGCCUAAGAGAUUUAGCAAUAGUGGAGUGAGGUCUCCCUGUGUGCAUACCAAUAACUCACGCUGUCUCAACUGGGGUGAAAACCUGAACUUCCGGCUUCAUUCUCCUGGACUGAAUACCCAGCAGAUUGUUUUCUAAGUUAAACUUUGAAAGGUGGGUGUGGCUUCACACCUAUAAUCUCUGCACUUGGAAGGCUGAGGCAGGAGGAUUGCUGCAGGUUUGAGGCCCGCCUGUGAGUUUCAGGCCAGCUGGACUACUGAGAACAGGUCUCAACGAAAAGAAAAUGAGUUCAACUUUGGCAUAGAUUUGUAAUGUAUAUUUUAAUGUAAUCAUGCUUGUAUUUUUUAAAUUAAAAAGUUUAAUAUCCUACUCCUGUAUCUUUGUCUAAAAAGUAUAUGAUACUAAAUGACAUGGUUUAAAGCUUAGCUUUUUCACAAAAAGAUCAUUUAAAAUGGGGAAAACCUGGUGUGUGUGUACAUACACACACACACAUAUAUAUAUGCAAAAAAGGAGAUAUUAGGAAUAAAUAAGUAAAACAAAGUAUUUAUAAUAAUAUCAGAAGGCAUUGAGAAGUCUGUGCAAACAGAAAGAUAUAGCCAUGCUGGUGGAUUAGUAUAAAAUGCUCUUUUCCCAAACUCAUCCCAUUGGUUGACUACAUAGGGGAGCAAAACCCCAAAAAUUCAUGUUAAGCUAAUUAAUAAAGCCAGUUCUGAAAUUUUCAUGGAAGACAAGACAAUGAACCAACAAAGCAAGGUGCCUUUAGAAAAGGAUGAAGUCUCAAAGACAUACAAAUGCUGUCGGUAGGGGAACAUGGGCAUUUCUACUGCAUGGAAGAGGAGCUUUCCUUCCCGUGGCUCAGGGGUCAUGAGCAGCUGCUGCUCUUCCCAGGACUCCAGGUCAGUUCCCAGCACCCAUUCGUUCACAGAAAUGAAGUAGAGAAAAAUGAGCUAGUUACAUCAACAUCGGCGAGUGCUAGAGACUGUUAGCCAGGGAAAGCAAGUCAUAGAAAAAUAGAAUGACACUGUGUUAUAAUAAACUUGAGAAUCUGGACAUGUGCACAAACACUGUAUGAUGAAGCCAUUCUUGUUAUCCAUACACACGUCACACACACACACACACACACACACACACACACACACACACACACACACACACACACACGGAUAACGAGAAUGAUGUCAGUGUUUAAAGAUAGUCCUGAGAAGAAACACGAUUUAAACCCUUAGUGUUGGUGGCAGAGGUCUUAAAUUGUCCUAGCAAUACUCAUGAGAUUUGGAUUUCCAGGUUUUCAUGUUUUGCUUGUAUGCAAAUGCCUCAAUUUAAAUGCGGCAAACAACAAGAAACAACUAUUAGUAUAUGCUUUCCCUGAAACUACCAGUUGAUUCUAAGGUCGAAUAUACAUAAGUCUGCAGUGACUCACUUUGAAGGAAACGGUUUUCAGUUGUCCAGCCACAUCAUUUGCUCAUCACACUCAACGUUGUCGCAAUAUUCUUCAGUGCUCAGUGUAUUUGUAAAACAGUCCACCAUGUGUGUUAGGUACUUGGCAAACAUCUAAAUUCUGAUACUAUCUCUGAGAUUCAAAAUUGUUUGUAUUUUAUAGAUGAAACAGACUCAGUAAAUAACCUAAGGAGAUGUGAAAUGUAGAAUCAAGAUUCAAAACACUUCCCUUACAGAGCUUCUUACACACAUGCAUGCACACGCAUGUAUACACACACACACACAGACACUCUAGUAUUCAGAUUUACUUUGUAAACAUCAGCAUCGGAACUCAGGAUAUAUCCUAGCCUCUAUGUGAUAAAUCAGCAGAAUCAUGAUCAGAUUGAGGUGGUGGGUGCUGUGUGCCAGGCAGCAUGUGCCUGCCACACCAUUUUUCCAGGGUUCCAGAAUCAUAGGGGAAUACUUAACACCUGAAGAAUAAACCGAGUCACUCUAUGUGCUGCCGCCAUUGGCCAAGAAGGGAACUAUAAAUUGCAGCGCCUCUUGUCUAGCUGACAAAUAUAAUCCUAUGUCGACUUUAGACUUUUUUGCGUGGUAUAUGUAUAAGGGUGUGGGGGAUGCACUUGUCUGUGUGUGCAGAUGUGAAGGUCAGAGGGUGACUUGAGUUUCAUCUAGUACUCCAUCUUGUUUCUGAGAUAAAGGUCUCAGUGCUGGACUCUGCUAUUUCACUAGACUGGCCCCAAGCACUGAGGUUCAAGACAUGCCUGGCUUUUUACAUGCUUGCUGGGUAUCAAACCUCAUGCUUGCAUAGCAAAGUUAACCCAUGGAGUCACCUCCCCAGCCUUAAGUAUGAAUAUAUUCCAAUGGAAGGGGAUGUCCACAUAUAUGGGUACUGAAGUCUAUGAAAACAAAACUUGUUUUUGUUUUGUUGUGUUGGAAAUAACGGUGCCUAGAGGAAGAAGGCCCCUAAAAAGACUUCAACAAAAUCAAACUAAAUAGAAGCAGGAACAAAAAGGUUAUGAAUCCCAAGCUGGCCAUGAUAGUAAGCAGCCACAACCUCGGCACCCCCAGACAUGAGAAUCACCGGGAGUUUGAGGCCAGCCUGGGCUAGCUCCAAAAAAUAACAAUCCCUCAGGAGCAAAGUGCAUUCCUUCACUCAACCCCACAAAAUGACCAUAUAUGGGAGGGAGGCUAGAGACCACAUCUCUAGCAAUGUCUGAUUUUCAAAUGCCAGUCGUCCAUGUUGGAAAGGACUCCCAAUGUUAGUAAUACUGUGUAUUACAUUACUGUUACACUGCUGCUAAGUGCGUGCUGGAUGAUUAGCUUGGGAAAGCUCCUCUGAAGACCAUUUUAAGCCUGCAGUUAGGCCUAAUUUUUAAAACUAGGAAUAUUUAAUUUUUGCUACAGAACCAGUAAGAUUCUUAUUUUUAACCAAUUUAAUACUGAAAAAGGUAAAUGAAUGGAAGACAGUAAAGACAUCUUGUUAAUACUUAUUAAAAUUACUUUUUAUUUCCUUUCA